AUUUCUGGGGUUUUAUUACUUUGAAGAAAAAAGCCAUAUAUACAUAUUUGUUACGAGUAGGGCCGUACGCCCAAUGUAAAAUAACCAUGGCGCAUUGUAUACAUUCCAGCACAAAAAACAAACUGCGCAACAGCGGCCGAUGGCCAGCAGCAGCUUUGAAGCUUUUUGGCACUGCAUCGCCUUACUGGGCUUCAAAGUGCCUUGCUCAACGACAGCCGGGCCAUGUGCGAAAUGGAAUAGUAUUGGCAGCCACUGUUCUAGCUGCGGCUGGCACAGGAAGUGCGUCUUAUCGCGUGGGCCAAAGUCUGUGCGCCACGAUCUUCCAACCGAUGCCGGCCAGACAUCGGUUCGAGCGCAUCGCUUGCCAUUUCAGACACAACAACGCAAACAGCAACCACAGCACGCAUUAUUUUCUCAGAGCAGCCUAUCGGAAAGGCGCUUUUGGUCUGCUUCCUGGCGCAUUUUUGUACGAGCACGCACAACACGGCGCUGGGUCAGAUCGAGAUCCACACCCGUUUGCCAAACGCGCGGAGAGGUCACCCCUGGCAUUUCGCAAACCUUGCGCCAACACAGGCAAUAUCUUUAGUCUACAUGAGCAGAAAGCGAGCGCAAUUGGAAGCAGCAAGCGUUCAAUUCACACAUCACCAGCCGGAUCAAAACAGAACGGCACCGAACAUGGCAGACCGCCAGCAGGAGACAUGAAAGAAAGGCGGUGCGAGCAUUGCGGCUUCGAUGGAUAUCUGCCAGCGGCUCACACGUCUGGUUUAAACGUGUCGCCAUUGCAAAGUGACAGCGACCAGCGGCGGAUUGCUGCGCCAAUGGCACAAAAGGCGCUUCCGGAACCGCCACUAGACCCGCUGUAUUUUUACCACCACGCUACAAGACAGGAGAUCCUGCGCGAGAUAUCCGGGUUUUUUCCGCGGCUGAGGGCUAGGCUGCGCCGCGCAUUGAAGGGGUCUUACCAAAAGCGGCCCUGGACUGUGGACGACAUAUUCGCGCUGGCCACGUGGAUAGUCAUGUCACAAGCGAUGCUGCUGCUCAUAGGAACAACAACAACGGUGUCUGUGGUACUGUGGCUGCUGAAUCGGCUCCAGUACCAGGACUGGAUUGCGCGCAAACUCGGCGACUGGGUUUCAUCUGCGCUGGGCAUCACGGUGUCCUUCGAGUCAGCAAUUGUCCCGGCUUGGGGACGCGGCACUAUUAGGCUGAAGAAUGUCAGAAUCCACUGUGGCCCUGAGCACGGCGCGCUGAUGGCCGACGGCAGCCGAGACACCAACUUUACGACCUACGAGCUCCAUGUCGACCAGGUCGAUGUUGCCCUUUCGCUGUGGCGGUGGAUGGAUGACCGCGGCGUGAUCCGCGAGUGCUCGAUGCGAGGGGUCCGCGGUGUUGUGGACCGACGACAGGUGUGGUGGGAUCCGGAUGCCGUGUACGUGCCCGGCGAGUUCCGGCGCGCGCGCCAGCCAGGAUACUUUGACAUGGAUGCCCUGGAAGUCGAGGACAUGCUGCUGACCGUGCACCCAUGGCAGAACUUUCGCCCCAUUACGGUGUCAAUAUACUCGGCCAGCCUGCCGCGCUUCAGGGACCGUUGGCUACUCUAUGACGCACUCAACGCAAACUCAAUUGUCGGCAUGUAUGAUGGCAGCCUGUUCACAAUUCACCAGGCACACCAGCACUUACUUGCACGGCCCCAGCAGCUGUCUGGAACUGAUCCUGGCAGCAGCCUUCGCUCAGUGACAGUGCAGGGGGGAAGCGCACGCACCGCGCACGUGCAAAUUGAAAACCUCAACAUCGACCACAUCAACUCUGGCGUCGAGGGACCCGUUGGCUGGAUCACAUCGGGGCGGCUGAACGUUUCUGCACUGGUCAGCUUCCCGCCACAGCCAUCGGGAACGGACCCAGCCAUGGCCAUUCGGAAGAUCGUGGACAACAUCAACGACAGCAUUGACGUUGUCAUUCUGCCAAGCAUGCCUGAUUGGUCCAACCCAGAAAGGUCGCCCAACCCGGUAGUGCGCGGUCUGUAUCACCUGGACAUGGUGGACUCUCCACUGGCGCUGGAAAUGCACGAGCGCCUCAGACGCCACGCGGAGCGCGAGAGCCAGCGCCGCCUCGAGAAGCAGCGCCAGCGCACAGCGUCCUGGAGCCAGCCGCUGGCCCCUAUCCCCACGCACCAGAUUGGCGGCAUCCCGCGAUCGGCCGCCGCCAGCCAUGCAGGCGAUUACAGCGGCCCCGAUGCAGCGCAGCCUGCUGCGCAGCUGAUGCGCACCCUCGAGGACCCCACAGCCGUGCACGUGGAUCUUCAGGUCGAGUUCAAUGACAUCCGCGCGUCUGUGCCGCUGACUACGCCCCAGCUUGGGCACCCGCUGCUGUCCUCGGUGCUGGUGCGGCCGAUUGUUGCUUAUAUGAAUGCCCACCGCACGUCGCUGCCGAUGCGCUGCCAGUUGCGGCUGCGGCCCGACGACUUUGACGGCGCGUGGAGCUUCUGGGACUCGGGUGCUGACGCCCUUAUAUCCCAGGGCAUUGGCGCAGCCUUCACUCAGCUCGCCCACAACGAGCGCGAGCGUAAUCGCCGCCUCAAGCUUGUCGGCUGGUGGAGCGUCACGGCCAUCGUCAGGCAGCUAGUGCGCCUGGUGGACUUUGUCAAUGGCCAGCGCGGCUUUUUUUACUACCUAGGCACAACGCCAGAGUCGGAUCGCAUUUGAAAGUAUUUUUUAUGUGGAAAUUUGAAAGUUUGUUAAUAUACGCUAUUAGUUGAACCCCCCCCCCCC